CAGUCUCUCUGUCGUGCUCGUCAAGCCAAGACAUCCUCUCGGCGCAAGAAGAAAUUUCCACUUUUUUGACUGAUCAAUCAUUCUUUGAUCUUGAUUGCCAAUCAAAUCUCCAAGUCAAAUCGCAUCCAAUGAAGACUUUUUCUUUCAUCUUGGGUCUACUCUUGUUUAAUCUCUUCUUUAGCAAAUACGAUGCAGCCGCUGUGGGCAAAGGUGCCGUUGGAUCGGGAGGUCGCGGUCGCGGAGGAAUGAAACAAAAAUCGGGUGGCGGUAGGAAAAGCGGGGGGUUGCCUAUUUUAAUAAGCAAAGACAACAGGCCGGGAGGAAAAGAAUCUCUUUUAGAAUCAUCAGCUGGAGAUGCCUAUUACAAUAAUCCCAACGGAGCUUCGAUUAAAUACGCUUCCCAUUUCGAGUCUGAAUACAUCUUGGGUCGAAAAUUGUCAUUCUAUUGUAAAGCGCAGGGAUUACCUCGCCCACGCAUCACUUGGCUUAAAGACGGAAUCGAAUUGUACGAGCAUCCAUUCUUCCAGGUCCACGAGUUCAAUGUGGGUAAAGACCAAAUUACGUCCAAAAUGGAGAUCGAUCCAACUACUCAGCGAGACUCUGGUUAUUACGAAUGUCAAGCUGAUAAUAAAUACGCCGUCGACAAACGCGGAUUUCGCACCGACUACACGCUAGACGUCUAUUAAACAACUCGUGUUGUUUGAUUGAAAUUUGGCAUUUUUGCAAGUUACCUGCAACACCAACUGCAACACUUGUCAUAACUUCUAAAACGAAUACUAUUUAUUCAUCAUAUUGGCACCUCAUUUCCAGAUAAACCUUAUAAAUCUUCUAGUUAUUGCUGGUUAUAAAAUAUCUGUCUUUUUACAUAUUUUACCCUCGAGAGCCACAUAAAGUCGCCAUCCAAUCUGUCUUCUUUUGCUAACUUUUAUGCCUAUACUAUACGUCUAUAGCUUUUAUCAAAGCCCAAGGGAUGCAGUAGUGGAUCCGUCUGACUGCUGAUGACCACAGUAAAAGUACACUCGGGAAUUGGGCAGUCAUUCAAUAUCUAACUGAACUCGUUUAAUUUGUCGUCCGAGUCAACCUUACUUUCACCAUUCGUGUCGUAGCCAUUUGUUUUCAUCGUUGUUACACAGUUUAUGUGCACCAGAAACUUUUGAACUCUUUUAUACGUUGUCCUUGGAAUUAUACACACGGUUCUAUACAUGUA